UGACUACAGGUCGUAGUCUGUGGUUUCGCCACGGGCGCACAGUUGCGCUGACUCAAUUCCACCCAGUCCUGGAGAGGUUUGACUUUGAUUAUUUCUGAUUAAACUACGCAAGCGGAGACCAGUUUAAGCCGAAGAGAAGGCUGUUCAACAUUGGAUUUACAUUCUGUGUGGGGAUACUACUGCUCUCUCUUUCGGUGGGCUUUCAGGAAUAACCAACAACAUGUCGAGAGACCCAGAGGACGUGAAUAAGCUUACUGAAAGUACAUACAAGAAUGUUGUGGAAAGCUUCAACCCAGCACUGCGGAACCUAGUCAACUUGGGAAAGAGCUACGAGAAGUCUGUGACAGCCAUGAACAUGGCCGGGAAGGCGUACUUCGACGCCGUGGCCAAGAUAGGAGAGAACGCCGCCGUCUCGCCGGUCUCCAGAGAGCUGGGUGUUGUUUUGAUGGAGAUUUCCGAGACACAAAAGAAGGUCCAGCAGGAGUUGGAGGAGACGUUCAAGAAGUUCCACAGAGAUAUCAUAGCCGAGCUGGAGAAGAAGACCGAGCUGGAUGUCAAGUACAUGACGGCCACAUUCAAAAGAUACCAGUCAGAGCACAAGCUCAAGCAGGACUCCCUGGACCGCUCGCAGUCGGACCUGAAGAAGUUGCGCAGGAAAAGCCAGGGGAAGCAUUCCUCUAAGUACGAGGUCAAGGAGAAUGAGUGUGUCCGAUCCAUCUCCUCGCGCCAGGUGGACAUGCAGAAGUUCAUCGCCGAGGGCUGCCGAGAGGCGCUGCUGGAGGAGAAGAGACGCUUCUGCUUCCUGGUGGACAAGCACUGCACCUUCGCCAAUCAGAUGUCCAGCUUCCACGUCAGGGCCAAAGAGAUGUUGACAGACAAGCUGCCCACCUGGCAAGACAAGUGCAGCGAUGCCACCAAGGUGCCGGACAGCGUGAUGACCAUGAUCGAGGGUCUGCAGACACCAGUGUCCAUGACCCCAGACGCCUCCCCCCUCAUGGAGCGCUUAGCGAGGAACAAUUCGGACACGGUGGGGCCCCCACCUGCCCCCACCCUGAAGGCCCAGAUCAGUCCUCUGGCCAACAUGUUCACACAGGACAUCCCCAGAAGCCCCAUCUCCAUUGACCUCAACUCAGAAUGUACAGACCAGGACAGUCUCGGCAGCAGUGGCCUGUCGCGGUCGACCUCGGUGUCCAGCGACAUGAACGUUCGGAAGCCGCGCGUGCUCACCAUCUUCCCCCACACGGCCGGCAACAACGACACGCUGCUCAGCUUUGACGACGGCGACCUCAUCACCCUGCUCAUCCAGGAGGAGAAGGACGGCUGGCUGUACGGAGAGCUGGAGAAGACUGGACAACGUGGAUGGUUUCCGUCAUCUUACUGCCGGCCUUACGGCGAGCCAGCGUUGACAAACAGGAUGGACUCACAUGGGUAUGGAGGGGCAGCUGACCUCCAGGAGGAGGAGAGUCCCGUGCUCCUGCCACCGGCCGACUACACCGACUCGACCAGCCCCAUCAAGACCUCCAGGCCCUCUCCCGACAGCAUGGGUGUACCAAAUGGAAUCUCCAAGCCACCUUUCCUGGGUGGAGGGAACCCAUUUGCUACCGUUAAACUACGACCCACAGUCACCAAUGACAGAUCAGCGCCCAUCGUCUAGGCCCACCCACCAGCGAGUGCACAGUGUGUCCCUCGGCCUGCCUAGCCCCGGGUGGUCGGGGACACCGCAUCCCAACGUCCCCUCUCUCACCUCCAGCUGAUCGCCUGAACACAACAGCGUCGCCCUGUACUAACUCUGUUGCAUUCCGUUUAUACUCAUGUGCUUUUCAGAAAGGCGCACAGGGGGAACUUCUAGGGGAGAGGGGUGGGGUGGGAUGGGGUGGCAUUGGCUCCAAAACAGGAGGACUCAGAUAAGGCAGAGGGGCCACCUGACACUACCAUGACCACUUGGCCUCCGGAAUAGAGUUUGUGGUAGAAGUGCAUGGUUGGAACCAUCCCACAAGAUUAUUUCAACUGUGUUUUGUGCCGUCGCCAUGUCCAUUGAGGGAUAGGGCUAUUUAUAUAUAUACAUAUAUAUAUAUAUUUUAGAUAUAAUUUAAUAAUCCUAUAGAUCUCUAUUUUGAAGCAGAAUUAGUGUGAAUAUUGUAAGUGUCCCGACGACAGCUUUCCUUUUUAAAAACAGUGCAUUUUUAUUUGAAGUACUGCUGUUGUGUUUUUAAAUGAUACGGUGAGCCCCUGCCUCUGAAUGCCUAUGAUGACUUUUUAUUUGCCAUUGAAUGCUGAAUGAAUGUUUUCUGUCUGGAAUGUGGAUUUUUGCCAGUAGUUAUUAUUUUGGCACUGUAGUGUUGGUGUGUAUUUGCUCCCCUAAACUUCCCCUUUUGUGUGGUUGGACACUUAGCUGCUUCCUCACAUAAAAUGCCUGUACCUGUCUUCGCUCUAUAUGUUGGUAGUGAUCCCUUAUCAGCUCUGGUCAGAGACACAUAAAUUACACUGAUAUUUAAUUGUUGGAACACGGCAAUACAUGCUUGUUAUGAAGUGAUCCUCCUGUAGUGCCCUUGAGUACAACUGACCUCUGUCCUCAUCCAUUCUUGAAAGCUGAUGUGCAUUCUCAGUGACUUACUGUUAAAUCCCACCCCUUCAUCGUGACUACAGGUGCAUAUCCUGAAAGUUGUUGACACAUUUGUUUUGGAAAAUGUCUGGGAAAUGGCUUUCUUUACCACAUUGUUGUUCUUUGCCAUAUGUUUGCUCGCCUGUUGCAAUAUUCACUUUUUAUGUUUUAAGUAACAUCACACACAUAGAGAACUUUUUAUAUUUUCUCCGUUCAUUUUAAGUAUCCCUUUGAACAUCCAUUAUGCACACCCUGAGACAGAAUGAGACCUUGUUUUUCAACAAAGAUCAUAUUUUGAAUGUACAAGGAGACUUUGUUUAAAAUAAAGCUAUACUCAUGGUUCA